CAACAAAGCGUGGAUCCAGCUACAAAAAAUAUUGAAAAAGCUAUUUUAGCGCUCAAUAAUGAAAUCAGUAAAAUGCGCACAGAAUCAGAAUGGAAAAGUGAAACACAGAGUCUAGGGCGUGCCUCUAUUACAAGCCAUAUAUUGGAAUAUUCAGAUGGAACCAAGGCUACCUGGGUUGAAUUUACAUACCUCUUCAACAAGAGAAGAAAAAGAGAAGGGCGUUCCCCCACUACAAUGUAUAAUGUCUUAUCUGAAGAAAUUAGACUUGGUCCUGCAACGUUAUCUGGAUUUUAUUGCCACCAAAAAAAACUGCAUGUUACAACAUUAGAUAAAAUCGAAGCUUGGGUCGAUAAAGAAGGGAAAAAGAAAGACAAGUUUGAUUACUUUGCUCAAACUUUGGUAUGCGAUUGGGAUCCACUAGGCCAUCAUAUUUUUUGGAAAAGUAUCAUAUCAGUUAAACCAGAUAAAGCAAUGGUAACAAGAGCUUUUAAUGAACAAGUCAAAUGGUUAAUAGCAAACGGGGUCGAAAGUGAACAGGAGAAGAAAGGUGGUCAAAUAUAUCUUUUUUGGGAAGAAGAAAUGCACAUUGAAAAACUUGAUAAAAUUGAAAAGAACACUUCCAUUAUGAUUCAUGAAUUUCAAGCACAGCAUCAUUAUUCUGUUGCAAGCCGUGUACUUACAGGAGAAAACAACAUAAAUCCUCUUAAUAUAAGAAAUGACAAUGUCGCUAAUACCUAUUCCAAAGACACUAGUUUAGAAAAGGUUAAAGGACCUCAAGAGAAUGGAAAGUCAGCCUGUAAAGAUAAUUUGAAAAGAAAAAGAGAUGAUGAUGAGCUGGAUUAUGAAGGAUUGUCAUUAUUAUUUGAUGAAUCAAAUGAAGAUGCCCUUGUGGAAUGUAUUGAUGAAAAAGUACUUGAGCAAGAGAACAUAUUGCCACAAACAAGUGGUAAUAGCAUCUCAAAGGAUCAACUAAAAAAUAUGGAUGCGGGUAUCAUUGAAGCUUUUCAUAAAUAUCAAAAGACAAUACCAAAAACCUGUAAGAUUUUUACAAAAAGUGAUGUAUAUAGUUUUCAAGGAAUGAUGACUGAGGAAGAAUUAAAAAUGAGUACAGCAUUUCCAUUAUUUCAUGGAAUAUUUACUUCUGAUAGGAUUAAAAAUGCUUGGGGAGAAAUCCAGGCUUUACCUACAAAUUAUGCACGUAAUGAAAAGGGAAAUCC